CCUGAUGAUGUGGUUUCUGUUUGUGACCCUACACAGUUCGAAGAGCAAGUGAUUUUGGUGAACCGUGAGGAGCACACUGACCACAGGCAAUGGACACAGCAACACCUGGACGCUGCUGAUCUCCGACUGCCCACCAUGGCCCCUACCCCUCCUCAGGGAGAGACUGAGUCUGACUGUAUGGACGUCAAUGUCAGAGGCCCAGAUGGGUUCACCCCCCUGAUGAUCGCCUCGUGUAGUGGAGGGGGUCUGGAGACAGCGAACAGUGAGGAGGAAGUAGAUGAUGCUUCUGGGAACCUCAUCUCCGACUUCAUUUACCAGGGGGCCAAGCUCCACAACCAGACUGACCGGACGGGUGAGACUGCCCUGCAUUUGGCUGCACGCUAUGCCCGUUCCGACGCAGCCAAACGCCUCCUAGAAUCAAGUGCAGAUGCCAACAUUCAAGACAAUAUGGGCAGGACCCCUCUGCACGCUGCAGUUGCUGCUGAUGCCCAGGGAGUUUUCCAGAUCUUGAUCCGGAACAGAGCCACGGAUUUGGAUGCGCGAAUGCAUGACGGAACCACACCAUUAAUCCUGGCUGCACGGUUGGCUGUGGAGGGAAUGGUGGAGGAGCUGGUGAACUGCCAUGCUGACGUCAAUGCCGUGGAUGACUUUGGGAAAUCUGCUUUGCACUGGGCUGCUGCUGUCAAUAACGUGGAGGCAACAUUGGUCCUUUUGAAAAAUGGAGCCAAUAAGGACAUGCAGGACAACAAGGAAGAGACCCCACUGUUUCUGGCAGCUCGGGAAGGGAGUUAUGAGACGGGCAAGCUCCUGCUUGAGCACUUUGCGAACCGUGAAAUCACUGACCACAUGGACCGAUUGCCCCGUGACAUUGCUCAGGACCGCAUGCAUCAUGAUAUCGUGAGGUUGCUGGAUGAGUAUAACCUGGUGAGGAGUCCUCAGGUGUCAAUGGGCCCCAAUGCCACCACCCUCUCCCCGACAAUCUGCUCACCCAAUGGCUACGUGGCCAACCUUAAGCCGGCCAGCCAUGGCAAGAAGACCCGGAAGAACAGUGCCAAGGCUGGGAGUGGCAAGGACUCCAAAGAGGCCAAGGCAAAGAGGAAGAAAUCUCAGGACGGGAAGGGAAGCCUGUUGGACAAUCCAGCUGUCCUGUCUCCUGUUGAUUCCCUGGAAUCUUCUCACACCUAUCUCUCGGAUGUGGCCUCUCCUCCUCUCUUGACAUCCCCCUUCCAGCAGUCACCCACUAUCCAGCUCAACCAUUUGCAAGGACUAGCUGGUGAUGGGCAGCUAAACCUGGGCCACCUGAGCAUGGGCAGUAAGCAGGAGAUGGCUCUGAGUGGGAGCAACAGGAUGGUCUUCGAAUCAGUGGCUCCUCGCCUCUCUCAUAUGCCCAGCUCCAAUGGGCAGGCUCUGGGCAACACUUCGAUGGGCAUGAAACUGGGAGGGGCUGGGACUGUGAGCGGCCAAUGUGACUGGCUGGCUAGGAUGCAGGCCGGAAUGCAGCAAAAUGUUUACAGUGCCUUGAGGAACCCAGUCCAGUCCCAAGCCGGCAGACUCCAGCAGAACCAGCACGGGAUGAUGACCUCCUUACACAAUGGACUCCCUAACACCGCCUUAUCUCCGAUCGUCAGCUACCAGGGUCUGGCCAACACCACCAGGCUGUCCCAACCCCAUCUGAUACAGCAGCAGUCGCAGGCCAUGCAGCCCCUCAAUACCAUGCCCACUGGAAAUGCUCACCCCACGAGUCAAAGCUACUGCAAUGGUGAUUCACGACAGAAUGAUCUGUCCCCAAUGGGGGCAAACAACCUCCCUAUGCACAUGGUUUCAGCUCAGGAGACCCAGCUGGUCCAGACAUCAAUGCCAACCUCCAUGAGUCAGUCAAUGGCCACCACCCAGUUCCUGACUCCCCCCUCUCAGCACGGGGGCUACUCCUCUAUGGACAACACACCAAACCACCCCUUCCCAUUGGCUGACCACCCUUUCCUCACCCCCUCCCCAGAGUCCCCUGACCAAUGGUCCAGCUCCUCACCGCAUUCCAAUAUGUCAGAUUGGUCAGAAGGUAUCUCCAGUCCUCCAACCAGCAUGCACUCCCAAAUGGGACAUCUCUCUGACCAGGUCUUCAAGUGAAUCCCUCUUUCACCCCCAACUCCAUCCUCUUUCUCCCCCAAUAUCCAGCCUCCCCCUUCCCCGGUGACAAUGACAGAGACUUGUAUUGGGACAGUGGGAGAGCCUUCAAUUGGACUUUAAGAAGAUGUUUGUCCAGUUCCUGCUCCAGUUUGAAGCAAAUGAGGAUGGGAUAGAUUUUUAUUCUUUGCUUUUUGUUUAAUUUAUUUAUGUACUUUAUGAUUCACUGCAUUCUUUAUUUAAAAGUGUCAAUGGGUUUUAUCUGUUGGUAUUGAAGAGUUGGCCGAUUGUCAUGUGUUUGCUGAUCUCCUUCACAAACCUGGGCAGUUAGAGACUGUAGCUUGUGUAGAAAUCUGACAAUUCAUUUUAAAACAAAAAAUUAUAUCGCUGAUAUUUGUGUCAAUUGGUUUUUAGCCAAAUAAUUUGUUGCUAAUAAUUAAUGUAUAAAAUAGUGUGACUUAUAUUUAUGCGAGUUCUGAAUCUUUGCAGGAGGGAGUAAAAAUGAACCAUGUAAACAUGUAUCUGUCAACCCCAGAUUCUCACACCAACACUCACUCAAUCACUUGCUCAAUCAAUCAUACUCAUUCACUCACUUACAUUCACUACCUCACUCUUUCCCUUACUCAGUCACUCACUCACUUAUUCAUUCAAUCCCUCACUCACAUUCACUCACUCCCUCUCUAAUCACACACCCACUCAAUCACUCACACACACAUUCACAUGCAAUUGUGUGUGCACACUUCAUAGACUCUUGCUCUCUCACACAUUCACCUGUACACACUGUUAAUCACCCUUUUGGCUGCAUACACUCUAGGGUGUGGUGUGAGAGUGUUGAGUGCUCCAGCUACACAAUGAAUGGCAUGGCCUUCUGAAGGUGCUCACACCUUGAUCAGUUACAGCAGACUUCACAUUUUGAAAACAUUACGAGUGUGGCUUUCAGUCUUAUCAUGGAGCUGCUGUGUUCAUGUUAUCCUGAAGAUUCUGAUAUUGUGGUCUUGGCCCCUGGAAUUGAACCCAGGAAAGUGAGCACUUGUGGUCGAUACCAGGAGAGAUGCUUUUAACUUGUGUUUUGUUUUUGUAACCACCCUGUGAAGAUAUUUGUUUAUUUCAAUAAUGACACUAUGUUUGUUUUUUAAGUAAAAAACAUUUAAGUUAUUCUGGGUAGGAGGGAGAUACUGAGAGAUGAGGAUGGGGUGGGGAGCAAAAUAUGAACAGUUUGGGUUGUGAUGAACUAGCAGGCGAGUUCCACAUCCAGAUGUAUUCCUCAACUUCCACUCUCCACUAACACUGUCAUCAAGUACCCCCUCCUCCCCCAACCCCAACCCUGCAGUGGUUAUAUUCUCCCCCACUCUCCACCAACACUGGCAAGAAGUCCUCCACAACCCUGUGCACUGAAUAUAUCCUUCCUCAUUCCCACCCAUCAAAAUUCAAAUGUUGCCAGUUUACAGGGAUAGUCUUCAGCUCCAUCUGUCAUUAUCAGCAGGAUGCCACAGCUGGAGGUCUAAAGGGAGCUGGAUGGGGCUUGUGGGGGAGUGGAGGGCAAAGAGGGAGGGUGGAAAAUGUCCUAAUUUUGGAGUGACAGUGUAUGGUGAGGGAGGUAGGGAUGAAAACAUGACAGACAAAAUGCCUUUAUACGUAAUCUCUCAAAAUGUGAAAUUCCUAAGGGGGGUUGGGGAAUGUGGUGCUGAGAGCACCCCCAGCUUUCUAAUUGGAGAUGUGGGGAUUGCCUUUGAAAGCACGCGGUGUAAACAUUGAUUUGGCUGUUCAAGUGAAAUCACCAUUUCUGUGGACAUUGUAAAUAAACGGUGUUUUUUAAAGAAGAUUUUGUUUCAGAAAUCUGUAUGAUGUAAGUGAGACAUUUAAAUCUGUCCUGACUGUAACAAAGUAUUUUUUAGACUCCAAUUUGCCCGUGAGAAAAUAUUCUGGUUUUAUAACAGUUGACCAGUGGGCCUAUUCUAAAAAUCUGGUGUAUUCCUGUUAACUGCUUUUUGUAAAAGGUUCCUAUAACAAUAAAACAGUGCCAAGGGCAUCUAGAUCUGCUUUGA